AUGUCCCCACGCGAGCGGAAGCGCGCAUACAAGAUCGCUGAUGAAAAGGUGAAGAGAGCAGAGAGAGAGGCCCAAGAAUGUGAAGAAACUCGAAACCGCGAGACAAGUGUAUUAACAACAGCGAGAACGAACGCUUCGCUGAUGAAGACGUGGAGAGCGAUUGCGCACAUCUAUCAACAGCUUCUGAUUCCUCCAUCUGGGCCCACUCCUGAGAUGCCCACCCAUUGCUUAGGCCCAAAACCUUUGCGGGACAGCGAGGCCAAUACUCGCAGCGGACCCAUUUGGGCCGACGAAUGGGCAGUCACUGUUCAAGACUCACCCUUCUUUCCCUCUGAUUGGAUGCAAAUUGUCGAUGACGCGAUCAAUGCUGAAAUUAAGCUCUCUUUUCCGAGAAUCUCUUGGAUUGAAGGACUGUCAUCACUAAGGGCCUUCUCAAAGGGCUUCCAUUUCAUGCGAGAAGUCUUUGCGCGCCUACAGCCGCCGUCCAUUCCUGCAAGAAUAUCUUUUGAAGCGGCGGGUUACCAAUUAUUUGUGACCAAGGAAGAAUCUCGUAGACGCUUGACGACGCUGUGGUUAACGGCAUGUUUAUCAAGCUUUGAACACCUUCCAACCUUUACCUCGUCAAACAAUAUCUCAGUCUUGGAAUCGAGACCGCAUACUUCUAAAUUUGAUCCUGGAUCUCAGAGUAUCGUCGGAAGCAAGCAUGAUCGAUCUUCGAGAUGGCGUGGAGGAUUGGGCCAGGUAAUGAAGAAAGUGAAAAGGGUCAAACGAGGCCUAGCGAGUCUUGUUAAUGGUUCUAGGCUGUCAGUGAUAGCGGACACUGGAGCAGGCCAGAAUAUGAUGUCAGCUCUAUACGCAAAGCAAAGGAAACUUUCUGUUGACAGUUCAUCGACUGGGAAAUUCAAGAUUGGCAACUCAUCCAUUAUCACCUCAAUUGGUACCGUCACUAUUGACUACGCCUUUGCGGAGGAGCCGUCAAGACUAUUUAAGCUUACGUGCCAUGUCAUUCGCGACUGCCUCUACGACCUGAUCUUAGGCAGUCCAUUUCUCACUCAUACGCAAACGAUGUCUGAGUAUAGGCGUCGGCUUACCGAGUGCGUCUUCUCUAUUUCCAACUUCUUUCAUAUUGGGUAUCUAGGAAAUAGUAGCCAGCUUUUGAGAGGCGCUAUUGCGGAUGAUUCUCCAGCUUUUGCGGUACCAGACACUGGGGCUGAACGUAACGUCAUGAAUCUCAAUUAUGCUUCCGGUCUCGGUCUUCAUAUCGACGACAGAGAAAGCUGUCGCGGGUAUCUUCGUUUCGCCGACGGUAGAUUUGAGAGAACUGCCGGUCAAGUCAAUACCUUCUGGCAAUUUGAUUCCGGCAAACGUAUUCCGAUCACUUUCGAUGUGUUGCCAAAUUGCUGCUCUGAUUUGAUCAUUGGAGACGAUGUACUUUGGGAUCACAAUGUCUUCGAAGCGCAUGCAUCCUCUUUGAUCGAUGUCUUCAAUCCAGAUGAAUACUGUCCUCUCGCGCCCUUUGGGUAUGAGACAGGGUGGCAGAAACUCACCAACAAAUUCAGAACGAAGCGGAAAGACAACACCUUGACGGAAGCCGAUGUACUCUUUCUCUCUCAAGAUCAAGAAGAGAAGCGACGUCGAGAAUGGCAUCAUCGCUAUGGAUUCGACGGAGCCAGAGCGGACGCGGAAGAAAAAGCAGCAGAAAGAGCGCGCCGAGAACGCUUCAUAGCGGAAUCGCAACAAAAGGCGAUACCGCUAAUACCGAGUAUACCAAGUGCACCAAAUCCGCCAGCUGCCCUAGAUAAAGGAGAGCACAGACGUAUGAAACCUAACAUCAACCCCCAAAAACAUGAGCCAAAAAAUGACGACAGAUUCAUAGAGAGGCAAAGUUUCUAA